UGCGUGCCCAUCCGGGAAAGCCUCAUCUUUGACUGGAGGCACGACAUCUUGGAAGUGGAAACAAGCAUUCAAGAGGCCAGGGUGCAGCUCACCUGCCCAGGCCCCGUGGAAGAAUGUCGUGUUUUCCAGGUCUCCCAUGGAAGUCAACACGGUCCCUGCUCUGCAAUGUUACCUUUUGUCUGUCGCUACAGAAAAGGUACGUCAAUCAUCGGGGGACCCAUGACGGUGGUGGAAAAUGUGGACAAAAUGGCUUCCAGCCUCCAUCAGCUCCUGAGCCCCGAAAGGGCGAAAGUCACAUUUCACAGUAAGAAUAUUGGGAUCGAGGUGCGACGGGCAGAGCUGGGCCCAGAGAGAGCUGGCGGGGGGGCCUCCCUGAUGCCAACCCACCGCUGGGACCAGCUGGAUGCGAUUGAGAUCCCAGCAGAGGAAGUGGAGCGCCUGAGAGUGAAAGGCCUGCGUCAAAUCACCCUCACCCAUACCUGGUACAGCUAUGGAGCCCUCCAGCACCUUCUGGCCAGCAGCAGUGCUGUGUUCAAAGACGCCGCUGUGUCCGACGGAGGACGGAGGCAUUUGAGCACCCAAGUGGCCUCUUCCAUCAUCUCCUCCAGCUUGGUCAGCAACUAUGAGGAAAUCAGUACGUCGGUGCGGUACCGUCUCCGGCACCGGGUUCAGGCUUUAGCAGACCAGCUUGUAGAAGCAGUGUGUGCUUUCUGGGACUUCAGCAGAAGUCCUGAAGGUGUUGGAGGCUGGUCCACCAGAGGUUGCUCGGUGUCUUCUUCUCAGGAGGAUCUAACCAUCUGCACCUGUAACCACACCACCAACUUCGCAGUCCUGCUGCAGGUCUAUGAAGUUCAGAGGAGCCUAGAGGAAGAGUCCACGCUGAAGACCCUGACGUUUGUGGGCUGUGGCGUGUCCUUCUGUGCCUUGAUCGUCACCUUGGUGCUCUUCUUAGCUGUUGGGGUCCCCAAAAGUGAACGAACCACAGUGCAUAAAAACUUGAUCUUUGCCUUGGCUGCCGCAGAAGCCUUGUUAAUGUUCAGUGAAUUGGCCAAGAUCAACCAGGGUGUUUGCUUCGCUGUCACAGCCUUUCUCCACCUCUUCUUCAUGGCGGCCUUCGCUUGGAUGUUGGUGGAAGGUCUUCUGCUCUGGAGCAAAGUAGUGGCCGUCAACAUGAGCGAGGAUCGGAGGAUGCGGUUCUACUAUGUGACCGGUUGGGGGCUUCCUGUGCUGAUCGUUGGUGUCACUUUGGCUACGUCGUUCAACAAAUACGUGGCGGACAAUCACUGUUGGCUGAAUGUGCAGACGGAGGUCAUCUGGGCUUUUGUGGGGCCCGUCCUCUUUGUCCUAACAGUGAACACCUUUGUGCUGUUCCGAGUGGUGAUGGUGACAGUCUCCAGCGCACGGCGUCGGUCACGGAUGCUGACCCCCAACAGCAGCUUGGAGAAGCAGAUUGGGAUUCAAAUCUGGGCCACCGCCAAACCCAUCUUGGUGCUGCUCCCUGUCCUGGGCCUGACCUGGGUAUGCGGCAUCCUUGUUCACCUCAGCGUUACCUGGGCCUACAUCUUCAUCAUGCUAAACUCCCUCCAGGGCCUCUACAUAUUCCUGGUCUAUGCGCUCUAUAACAGCGAGGUGCGGAAUGCCAUCCAGAGAAUGAGGGAGAAGAAGAAAGCCCUGUCAUUCACGAACUGCUCCCACCCUGUCAAUUACCUGUCGAGCCCCAGGAACACCUCCUGGGAGAUGGCCAGGUUCAACCCAACCACCCCGGAGAAUACAACCUGUUCCAGCGAGAAGGACACGGCGUCCAAGAGCAAAGGGAACUUCAGUGCCAAAAUGCCACGGAGCGUUUCGUCAAUUAUGUCACCUGAGAAACCGGCUGUACAACUGACUGCCUUCAAAUCAUCAGGUAAGGCCUCCCGCUGUUAA